GCUCGAUUGCCUCCUUCCUGAUUCGGACAGCUCUUCGACAGCUCUUCGGGGCUUCCCUUGUAUACAACCUGAACAACAAAAAGAGCUCCUUCCAAAGCUACGCUGCAGGCUGCCCUACUAGCACAAUGGGGUCUCACAAUCAGCUCAGGCUAGGUUGAGUAUUUCCCUUCUCUCUCUGGCUGGUAGGUUACCGCACACCUAAGUGAUCUCUCCGCCGCAUUCUUACUGAUCUAUCAUGUCGCUCAUCCCUAAAACGAAGCCACUCCUUCUCUUCGGUCUCAUUCUUACCAUCAUUAUCAGCUGCCCCGUGUGUCUCAGCUCGGCCAUCACUCCACGAUACUUACCCUACGGAGCCGUGAUCACUCACUGCACGGUCCCAGGCACCGUGGCCCUGACCUUCGACGACGGACCCGGCAUCUACACCGACCAGCUUCUCGAUCUCCUCAGCGAGUACGGCGCGCGCUCCACCUUCUUCGUGAACGGCUAUGAGCUCUCCGACCACCGCGACGUUCUGACUCGGACAAUGAACGAAGGCCACCAGAUCGGUUCUCACACGUACGACCACGCUCGACUCCCCACACUACGGUACGGUGAAGUCGUCGAGCAGAUGGGCAGGCUGGAAGCCGCAGUGCAGAAGAUCCUCGGGGUGGUCCCGACGUACAUGAGGCCGCCGUAUCUCGCCAUCAACGGCGAAGUCCUCGCCGCCAUGGGCGAUCUCGGAUACCACGUCAUCAGCGCCAGCGUCGACACCAAGGACUUCGCGCACGAUCAUCCGGACUUGAUCUCCCGCAGCUUCACGAGGUUCCUCGAAGGUCUGAAUGCCGGCGGCUCCGUCGUGUUGGCCCACGAUACCCAUGAGCAGACAGUCGUGGCGUUGACCCGGGCGAUGCUGGAUGAGAUAGUGGCCAGAGGGUUGAAUCCGGUCCCGGUGGCAGAUUGUUUGGGCGAUGCGGAGGAGAGUUGGUAUCGUUGAUCCAUGCCAUUGACUCAUGAGCGUAGGUGUCGAGUGAACACUUGUUUAGACUGCUUUUCUUUUGUGUGUGUCUAAUAUUCCUUGUUGAAAUUUAUGCCUUACCCUUUCUAUGUUGUUCUGUUCCUGAUCCAUAUUAAGGUACAGUACAUCACAGGGGAAAUGUUCGGAGCCAAUAGGUGGUUCUAUAGGAUUGGAUCUGGUCAGCCUGCUCCCUGCAGGCUACGCGACGACUGUCUGCGGAUGGAUUCCCU